AUUUGUCCAAAAUUAUAUUAUUCCUGUCAGGAUUUUUCUUGGGGAACAGGAAAAGAUGAUUCCUGGUACUCCUCAAGAAUAUUUACAUGGAUUAUUGUUACGACCGUUUUUUGCUGAUGCUAAACAGAAUGUAUCAAAAAUUCAAUUUGACAAAGAAUCACUUAUGAAUAAACCUGAAGAAGUUAAAUCUAAUGAUGUACAUGUGUUAGAAUCCAGUAGUGUAUACUAUAGAGAAACUUUUAAGACUACUAAUUCAUUUAUUUUAUUCAGAAAAACAAAAAGUUCGGAGAUUCGGGAUAAAAAUCCAAAUGCUACCCUUUUUGAAAUUUCUAAAAUAAUUGCUAAAAUGUGGAAUGAAGCAUUGCCGAAAGAAUGUUUAGCAUUCAAAGAAAUGGCAGAAGCAGUAAACCUUAAACAUAUUAAAGAAGAUUCACCUAAUAAGCAAUAUCUGCCUAAUAAACAGUAUCUGCCUAGUAAAUAUGGGCUAAGAAAAGUAAACUUCGGAUAG